AUGUUUCGCAGAACAUCUGAUUUUUUCAAACACUUCAACCAAAGGCACGACUCGGUUCACCCAGAAAAGCCUGUCCUGGAGUCCCACAACUCGAGUGCGAGAUCUUCUCAUGCUGAUUUAGCCGUCGAUACCGCGCCCCAUGCUAUUAUAAAUGAGACACGCCCUAAAAAACAACGAGUCUGGAGCUUUGGUCAUCAAGAUGAGGAUGAACGGGAAAAGCGACGUCUAAUGCGAGAGGAGAGGGAACGCGCUGAUUUUGCCGCUACGAGAAGAUACUCUAGUGCUCGGCGACGCAGCAACGGUGCUGGUAUCGGGUUUGAAGGAGGAUGGCAGGGCUAA